AUGGAUGAUCUUCCUGUUCUUGAUGGAAAGACUCAAAUUCAAGUGUACAAAGAAUUUUGUGAGAGCUUCAAGGCUUCAUUUUCACCUUUCAUGGGUUCCACGACUAUGGGCAUAUCAAUUGGUCUAGGACCUGAUGGUGAGCUUCAGUAUCCUUCUCACCACCAUCCAACCAAGGGCAAUAACAGCCAUGGAGUUGGAGAAUUUCAGUGUUAUGACAAAAACAUACUCAGUUGUCUUAAACAACAUGCUGAAACAUUUGGGAAUCCUCUCUAG